GCGGCCCGUUGCUAAGGGAGGCCUUCGAGGCCUGGGUGUCGCCCGGCCUUCCGGACCGGUCAUGGCGGCGGCGGCGGCGGCGGCUUGGGGCUCCUGCCCGGCGCCCCUCGGGCCGCGGCGGGCGCUGCGAUGCCUCUUAGCGCUGCUGGCGAUGGCGGCGCCUCCGGCCGUGGCGCGGCUGUACCAAGCCGGCGUGGACCCGGUGUGGGUGCUGGAGGGCGGCGCGGUGCGGGAGGCGCUGCGGGACUCGGCCUCGGCCUGGCUGGUGCAGUUCUACUCCUCGUCCUGCGGACACUGCGUGGCCUUUGCGCCCACCUGGCGCGCCUUGGCGGGGGACGUCCACGAGUGGGAGCCAGCGAUCAGAAUUGGCGUGCUGGACUGCGGAGAUGAGAAAAACUACGAACAGUGUAAAGAGUAUGGAAUUCAGUAUUAUCCCACUUUCAGGUAUUUCAAAGCUUUUACCAAGCAGUUUACAGUUGGAGAAAACCAUCACGCAACCUCAGAUCGGGAUCUUCAGACCAUCCGCCAAACAAUGAUUGAUUUUCUGCAGAACCAUUCCCGAGAAGCAAAACCACCAGCCUGUCCCACUUUGGAGCCAACUCUGCCAGAAGAAGUAUUUUCCCUUUUCAAUAAACACCAUCAGCAUUAUACUGCCAUCAUUUUUGAGAGCGGGAGCUCAUAUCUUGGCCGAGAGGUGAUCUUGGACCUGGGUCAGUAUGAAAAGAUCGCUAUCAAACGGGUUCUAAACUCUGAGACAGCUUUACUUGAAAAACUUGGCAUUACUUCGGUCCCUUCAUUGUACCUGGUUUAUCCCAAUGGAUCCCAUGGAUUAGUUAACAAUUUGAAGCCUCUUCGGUCUUUCUUUUCUUCCCAUUUAAAGUCACUCCCGGGAGUUAGACGAAAACCCACUUCCCCACUCCCACUUCUCCAGCAAAAGAGACCAGAAAACACGAACAUCAAGGAAUGGAAAGAGUUUGACCAGUCCAAAUUGUAUAUGGCUGACCUUGAAUCUGGGCUGCAUUAUUUGUUCAGGGUCGAACUUGCCACCCACAAAAUCCUAGAAGGCUCUGAGCUGAGGACCUUGAAAGACUUUGUCCUACUCCUGGCCAAGCUCUUUCCUGGCCGUCAACCUGUGAUGAAGUCGCUGGAGACCUUACAGGUGUGGCUGCUGAGUCUCCCGUUGGACCGGAUCCCCUACGAUGCCAUCUUGGAUCUGCUCAACAAUAAAAUGCAUAUCUCUGGCCUGUUUCUGCCCAGCCAGCUCCAGUGGGUCGGGUGUCAGGGCAGCCAGGUGGGACUGAGAGGCUACACCUGUUCCUUCUGGAAGCUCUUCCACACCUUAACAGUCCAAGCAGCAGCCCAGCCCAGAGCCUUGCUCAACACAGGCUUUGAAGACAAUCCCCGGGUGGUUCUCCAGAUCAUGCAGAGAUACGUCCAGGAUUUCUUUGGCUGCCGAGCCUGUGCUGAGCACUUCGGGGAGAUGGCCAGGGCGUCGUUGGAUACCGUGAAGAGCUGGGACGAAGCUGUGCUGUGGCUCUGGGAGAAGCACAAUGUGGUCAACGCCCGACUGGCAGGCGAUUUGAGUGAAGACCCCCAGUUCCCCAAAGUGCAGUGGCCCACCCUGGCCCUUUGUCCCGCCUGCCACAAGGUGACCCAAGGCCCCUCUGCCUGGGACAAGACGCAGGUGGUCCAGUUCCUGAAACAGCAUUAUGGCAGCCACAACCUCGUCCACACCUACCUCGAAGAAGCCAACAAAGCCGAACAACAAGAGGCCCAAGAUGGAGGAGAAGUGCUUCCGAAGGAAGCCGCUCGGGAGGCCAACAAGGGCCAAGAUCCAAAAAAGUUCUUGGGCUCAAAGUCCAAAGGUUUGGAUCCCGUGAUAGCCAAGGAGGACUCCGUAAUCGAUCCAGGGAAAAGGCCAGCUGGCUCGGUAGUGGAACAGGAAAGGAAGCAGGCGGUGUCAUUCUUGGGAGUGGGCUUCUCCAACAUCGACAUGAGCCUCUGCAUCGUCCUCUACGUCGCAUCGUCUUUAUUUUUAAUGAUCAUGUUCUUUUUCUUCCGCGUGAGAUCCAAGCGCUGGAAAGUGAGACACAACCGUCCCUUCGUAUAGCGGAUCCAUCGGAAAUCAUGUUUCGGUCUGGAAACGGCUCUCUUGUACUCCCCUGCAACUCGGGUAGCAGGGAAUCAGGGAUUUUUUUCUCUUUUUUACAGCGCAGUGUUUUAAAUUUCAUGAGACCGUGCCAUUGUUCCUCAUCCUCAUUCGCUGAUGAUCUGCUUCUCUGCUAUUGGACACUUUGAAUUUGGAACAGUGUAGAAAAAGGUGUUUUUCUGAAGAAAUUAAAACUGUUCCGGUGAUCUUUUUCCUUGGGUUACCUAGAGUGCUGUGGUUUAUAAAAUGGUUCAAGAAAAUCAGGAUGCUUGGAGGGUGCUAAAUAGGUGCUUAUAACAGCAAUCAAAUAUGAGUGCAAACAUUUAGAUGACCACUAUAGAAUAUAAUCCAACCAGUGUCUUUAAAUACUUUAAAAGAGCUGAGCAAACUCAGAGACAGCCUAAGAAAAAUUCCAUGGAUAAAAAUCAUAAAUGGGGAAACAACUCACGAAGCAUGGGAAACUCUGAAAAAUAUUAUCAUAAAAGCCCAGUCUAAGACAAUACUACUGAAAAAGAAAAACGAGAAAUCCAAGAAGAAGCCAGCAUGAUUGCACAAAAAUCUUUAUGACAGAUUGAAACACAAAAACCUUAAGUACAAAAAAUGGAAAGAGGGACACAAUAACCAAGGCAGAAUAUCAGCAGAUAGCCUAAAUUUGCGAAGAUGAAGUCAGGAAAGCAAAGGCUCAGAAUGAACGAAGACUUGCAAUGAAAGUCAAAGAUAAUUUUAAAAACCGUUUCUUUCAACAUAUAAAUAACAAGAAAAAAGGAAACAGUCGGUCCACUAAAGAGAGAAGAUGGCAAGGAAGUAUCAGGCAACAGAGAGAAAGCAGAGCUGCUUAACUCAUUUUUUGCACAAAGAAUGCACGGAAAAAGAAACUAGCCCAAUCUACCAAAAAACAUAAUUGUAAAGGACAGAAUAGAAAUAAAAAUUAAACAAGAACAUGGUAAGAGAACACCUGUCUGGUCUCGAUGAAUAUAAAUCACCGAGACCCGAUGGAUUUCAUCCCAUAGUUCUGAAGGAGCUGGCUGAUGUUAUCUCAAAACCAUUGUACCAUAUCUUUAAAAAAUCCUGGAGCACCAGGGAACUACCAGAGGAUUGGAAAAGAGUUGAUGUGGUUUCCAUCCUCAAAGAAGGGAAAGAAACAGACCCAGAAAACUAUAGACCAAUCAGCCUAACAUCAAUAUCUGGGGAAAUACUGGGAGUGGGGGAGACAGAUCUGUGAACAAUUGGAAACAAAUAAAGUUAUAACUAGUAGCCAGGACAGGUUUGUUAAAAACAGAUCAUGCCAAACCAAUCUUAUUUCAUUCUUUGACUAUAUUAGUAGACCAGCAAAAUGCUGUGGACGACUUCAGCAAGGCAUUCGACAAACUUACUUCUUGGUAAAUGGAUUUGUAACUGCCUGACAGACCAUACUGCAUCUACAAGGAGGGAAUUAAGAAGUGGGCUGCCUUCCGUCUUGGGCCCAGUACUCUUCAUGAUCUUCAGAAAGGACUUAGAUGAGGGAAUAGAAGGGGAACUCAUCAGAUUCACAGAUGACUCCUAGGCUGGACUAGAAGGCCUCCAAGGCCCCUUCCGGAUCCAUCCUGAUCGACUAGACCCGUGAUGGCGAACCGAUGGCACGUGUGCCAGAGGUGGCAUGCAGUCCCUCUCUGAUGGCAUGCGAGCCGUCGCCUCAGUUCAGCUCCGCUGCGCAUGUGCCCGAGCCUCCUGCUGGCCAGCUGGUCUUCAGGUCUCUGCCGUACAUAUGGGGGGCGUGGCGUGUGCGAGGGGUCUGCAUGCAUGCAUGCGCAGGAAGUCUGUGUGCAGGGGAUGCUCGUGCAUUACAUUUUGGGGGUUCGGGGAUGCACAUGUGUAUUUGCCUGCGCACGCACUUUGGGCACUCGGUCCGGAAAAAGUUAGCCAUCCUUGGACUAGACGAGGCAAAGAGAUGAGAAAAAGCAAGUUCCAGGCUGCCCUCUAGUGGUCUUCUAGUCCAGCCCCUUGGUUUUUGCCGCCUUCUGUCUGCACUCAGCAGCCCAGUUCUGGAUAGUGAGGGGAGCAGGCCAAAGGCUGACCCUGGGUGGGGCAUCAAAGGGAGGAAACCCCCAGAAAAGGGGUCGCAGGAAUCUUCAAUCAGCUGCCCUCUGGCAUGGUGCAAUUGGAAGGACAGGACCGGUGGGGGUCCUUGAGUGGGUGAGGUCUCCAUCCCCCACACAGGGUGAAAUCUAGAUGGCUGGGGUGGCUGUCAUGUUUGCUCGGAUCAGGUGCUUGCUUUGCUUCGUCUUUCAAGUUGGAGCAAGCAAGCAACAGACUGGGAAUCUGAGCAUCUGCGGAUUUUUAAAAUAUUGAAUUCCCCUCUAAAUCCAUCCCUUCCCUCUUUUCUUUCCAUCUUUGUGGCCUCGCUUCUCUUUCCUCCCCUCCUUUUUUCUCCUUUCUUUUUGUUUGUAAGAUUUGCCAAUAAAGCUUUCUGAAUCCCAGCUCCUGCCU